AAGAAUACCGGUAUCAACAAGCUUCAUCUUAUUCGAAACACGGAGAAAAACACCUACAAGAUCAAAACUAUCAUCGCUUUCGAACAUCAGAAUAUUUGCCAUAAAGCCCCCGAGAAUUCCCCCAGUUGCCAUGGUGCUCCUCACCUCGUCGCAAGUCUCGGUGCUCCUCUCCUCGGCCAUUGUCGUCUCAUGCACCGCGGCCCUGUUCCUCAGCGGCUACGUCAUCCAACAGCGCACCCUCAACCAGCUGCGCCAGGCCAUCAAGCCCGAAUCGCGACCCUCGCCCAAGGCGUCGUACUACGUGCCGGAACACCUCCAGGAUGUCGCCGGAGGUGCCAACAGGCCGGCGGGGAAGCAGCAGCAGAUCGUCAUCGAGGUGAACCCUACGAUGCCAGAGCAGCAGCAGCAGCAGCAGCAGCAGCAGCAGCAGCAGCAGCCACAGCAACAUAAGAAGAAGGCCGGGCAGAAGCUGGCGGGGUGGACGUCCGAUAUGUGGCAGAAAAUGGUGGCCCCGCCCGAAAUAGACGACAAGGGUAGCGUCACCAGGGCCGAUCUAGAGAAUAUGGGUGAAAGGGAGAGGAACAUCGAGGGGUGGAAUGUCAAGGACCAGAAGAACCCGGAUCCCGAAGCGUCGAAUCAGAAGCCCAUCAGCCGUGCCGAAAGGCGGAAAAUGAUCAAGGAGGAGCUGCGGCGGUUAGCAGAAAGUGAGGAGAAGGUCUACUACCAGCGUCGACUUUGGUAAGGGAGGAUGCCCGAGACGAUGAGUCGAGACGGGUAAGAUGUAGGGGCUGAGAUCCCCAGACAUAUACAUACGGGAUCUAUGGCGUUGUUGCUUUCUGGGACGUUGGUAAUGAGGGACGUUUAUGAUAUCAAUAUGGUUGGUUGUCCAUCAUGUAUACUUUGUAGAUAGGCGGCCCACCGGGCCAUGAACAAAC